UUCAAAAAGAAAAGAUGCCAGAAGCAGAAUCAAGCGCUAAUUUUCGAAAUGCGAAUCAUACAGUUGAUCCCGUCGAUCAUCUUCCACUCUCUCUUCUCCGAUCCGAGUACAUCCCGGCCGCACCGACCCGAUCCUUAUCCACAAUCGACUGGUUACCGGAGUUUGCCGGUUACUCAUGGGUGGCGUACGGAGCAUCUUCUCUUCUGGUGAUCUCUCAUUUUCCUUCUCCCCUCUCCCAAGAUGAAACCCUAAUUGGUCCCAUUUUUCGCCAAUUUUUCGAGCUCUCCGAUGAUACAACGCCCGUCAGUGCCGUUUCUUGGUCUCCCGUAGCUCCUUCAAUUGGCGGCCUUGCUGCUGCCUCGGGGAAUUGCAUCUAUGUCUUUACUCAUGAUUCGGGGACCUCCAAAGGUUCUUUUUGUUGGAGCCAGAAUGCAGUACUCAUACAACGUACAAAGGUGGAGGCAAUUCAAUGGACGGGGUCUGGGGAUGGGAUCAUUGCUGGUGGAAUUGAGAUCGUUUUAUGGAAAAAGCAAAACACAUCCUGGGAAAUAGCUUGGAAGUUUAAAGAGAAUCAGCCUCAAAAUCUUGUUUCUGCAACUUGGUCUAUUGAGGGACCUUCUGCAACUGCAGCUUAUAUGUAUAAACCAGACCUUGGAGGAUCUAAUGAGGCAGGCAAGUGUGUUUUAGUUUGUUACAGUGAUGGAAAAUCUGAAUAUGCCAAAGUCAGGCUACGUCAUCCUCAGCCCAUUGCAAUGAUUCAAUGGAGGCCAUCAACGAGAAGGCAAUUCCAGGGAGAUGCAAAACAUUCAUCUAGGCAUGUGCUGCUAACAUGCUGCUUGGAUGGAACUCUAAGAUUAUGGAGUGAGAUGGAUAGCAGAAGGGUUAAAAAAGUUGGCAGGGACAUUAAUGAUCGUAAAACCAUGGGACGAUCUUUUUGUGUUGUUGCUGUGAUUGAAGUAAAUCAGGCCUUGAAUGGAGAUCUUGGAAUGGAUGUGUUUUUUACAUGGGCAACGGAAAACACAAGCAUGUUUAAAACCAGUCAAGGGGACAACCAAUUUAUUUCUGCUGGAGGAUUUGAGCGUGGAAGGGCUGGCAAAUGUGAGUGGUUAAUUGGGUUUGGUCCUGGAAUGCUGGUUACUUUCUGGGCUAUCCAUUGUCUUGAUGACAUCAAUCCCUUAAGGUUCCCACGAGUUACAUUAUGGAAGAAACAAAGCCUGGAAUCUGGAAAUCUAAAUAGAAGUGGUUUUCCAAAUUUUAAGGAGCAACUAAUUCUUAAUAAAGUUGUUAUUUUAAGAAACUGCGUUUCUGGUCCUCCAACUGUUUGCUCUUUGAUUCAUCUAUCACCUUGUAACUCCUUGGUUUGGUCCUUUUUGCAUACCCAAACAUCAAAAAACAUAGAGGAUAUAUCUCCUAAUGAAUCCCAAACAGGAAACUUCUUGUCAUUUUCAGCAAGUAGGGUUUUAAAUAUAGAUGGUCACACGGGAAAAAUCUUACAAGUUGCUGUGCAUCCUUGUGUCUCCGAAGUUGAACUUGCUGUUUCUCUUGAUUCUAAUGGGUUGCUGUUAUUCUGGUCUCUUUCUACCAUUUCAAACAGCAUCUCUGCCUUCCCAACGUUGAUUCCUACAUGGAAACUUUGUGGAAAACUUGGAACUCAAGGUUUGUGUUCGAAAUAUACGGCCUUGAGCUGGGCUCCUUCAAUGCUGCAUGAAGAAAGGGUUCUUCUUAUGGGUCAUGUUGCAGGAAUAGAUUGCUUUAUAGUAAAGGUUUCUCAAACUGAAGAGAACGGAAUAUCAUGUAAUUACAUAUGCACUAUACCUCUUAGUGGUCAUAGGACUUAUGAGGAAGGUCCUGCAAAUAUAUUUUCUAUACCUUUGCCUUCUUGUAACAGUAAAACGGUAAAGUAUAAUAAAUUUUUGCUUUUGGGGGUGUGGAUGAAUGGGUUUGAGGCCCUAUCAUGGGAAAUCACCUUACACCCUGUUGAUUUACUGGAAAGAUGCUGUGAAUGUAAUGUUGACGAUAAUGCUGUUAAAUGCAUUAUGUGGAAGUUUGGAAUUACUACUUCUGAAAAAAGAUAUUGCAUUGCUGUCUAUCCCCGAUCAUCCCAAUUUCCUGAGGCUCACACAAAUAAUCAAAUUACAAGUUUUGCUGUGGUCUGUCCAAGUAGUCUGAUACAUGUGGAUCAAAAGUUAGCUGAUGAUGAUGAUCUGUGCAGCAAAAUUCCUGCAUAUACUAUGGCAACAGGCUCCUCUGAUGGUAUUUUGAAACUGUGGAGAAGUAACCUUGGUAGCCCAUCAACCCCUGACAUGCAAUGGGAGCUUGUAGGUAUGUUUGUCGCUCAUCAAGGUCCUGUUUCUACUAUGUGCUUGACUAAUUGUGGUCUGAAGAUUGCUACCGUUUCUUCUAAAAGUGAUUCAAAUGCUGGGAGCACACUUUCUGUAUGGGAGUCUGUAUACCUUACAGGGUUUGGUAGUUUCAUAUUGGAAGAUACAUUAUCCUUUGACAGAAGUGUUGUUGCUGUAAAUUGGUUAACUUUUGAAAAUGGUCAAUUCUUACUUGGCGUGUGCAUGGAAAAUGAGCUGUGGAUAUAUGCACAGAGGCGUUGUGGUGGUCAGACUUUGCUGAACUCUAAAAAGUCUUUUAAAAUGCAAAUUUGGUUGUGCAUUGCAUUUGCUCAUACUUCUCCUGCUAUUCAUGGCCUCUUUUCUGGUCGCAGGGCCACAGCUAUUGUUGUGCACAAUAGCUACUUUAGUCUAUUUAGUAGGUGGUUGUUUCUCAUUGAUAAAAAACAUCAGGCCAAAUGCCGUUCAAAUUUUGUUGUGGAGGAAAUUGCUGAGAAGUUAAGGGGAUCUUUGCCUGCUUAUCAUCCUGAGGCACUCCUUAUAAAUAUAUAUUCAGGCAAUUGGAAACGUGCAUAUGUGUCUUUGAGGCAUCUUGUUGAAUACCUUACUUCAAAUAAUGUCUCAGAGACGAUAUAUCCCUCCACAAAGUCUGGCCAUAUUGUCCCACAGAUCCUUUUGUCAAAUUAUUUUGAAGGGUUUCUCUCCAAAGGUUCAGCCAAUAGUGAAUUUAAAUGGAAUGGGGUUGAUACAUCAAUGACAUCUUCUUCACAGUUUAAUGGAGGCAUUACCCAGUUUGCUUACAAUUUUGCGUCCGUUGAUGCUUCCACUUAUAUGGUUAAUUCAUCAUCUCCAAAAUCUGAACUUGGUGGCUUUGUUGAGUCUCUUGAGAAUUUAAAUGGGCUACCAGCUAUAACCACCAUAGAGAAGAUGGAAAUUCUUGCGGUUAUUGAUCUACUCAAAGAAGUUAGUAAUAUGCAAUCUGCUUCAGCCUAUGAAAAUCUUGAUGAAUUUGGCCGAAGGUUUUGGGUGGCAUUAAGGUUUCAGCAACUACACUUUUCUCGAAGGUUUGGUAGAUCGGCAUCUGUGGAAGAGUUGGUUGUUGACUCCAGGCUUAUAGGAUGGGCUUUCCACUCUGAUUGUCAGGAAGCUUUGUUUGGUUCUGUUCUAUCUAAUGAACCAUCUUGGCCAGAAAUGCGGGCACUGGGUGUUGGAUUUUGGUUCACUAACAUGACACAAUUGCGUAUAAGGAUGGAGAAACUGGCAAGAUCACAGUAUCUGAAGGGCAAAAAUCCUAAAGAUUGUGCACUUUUGUAUAUAGCUUUGAAUCGACUUCAAGUUUUGGCUGGCCUGUUUAAACUUAGUAAAGAUGAGAAGGACAAACCCCUGGUGGCAUUUCUUUCGCGCAAUUUUCAGGAGGAGAAAAAUAAGGCAGCUGCUUUGAAAAAUGCUUAUGUCUUACUCGGUAGGCAUCAACUAGAGCUGGCUAUUGCUUUUUUUCUGCUUGGGGGUGACGCAGCCUCUGCGAUUAAUGUGUGUGCAAAAAAUCUUGGGGAUGAACAGCUGGCGCUAGUAAUUUGCCGGCUCCUAGAGGCGCGUGGUGGACCAUUGGAGCGUCAUCUUAUCGCAAAGUUUAUACUUCCAUCUGCCAUUGAGAGGAAAGACUACUGGCUUGCAAGCCUUCUGGAGUGGGAAUUAGGGAAUUACUCUGAGUCAUUUCUGACCUUGACCGGUUUCCGAGAAACUACUGUUACCAACAAGUUUGCUGUAUUGUCCAAUAAUGCUGCUUUUGUGGAUCCCAGUAUUGGUUUGUAUUGCCUCACCCUAGCAAACCAAAAUCAUAUGAAAAAUGCUAUCGGGGAAAAAAAUGCUGCUAUCCUUGGUAGAUGGGCAACUUUGAUGAGAGCUACUGCUUUAAACAGAUGUGGGCUUCCUCUUGAAGCUUUGGAGUGCCUUUCAUCUUCUCCCAGCACUAUUGCGGUUACAGAUCAAGGGAGUAUACCAGAUGUUGAACAUUCUCAAAUUAUUCCUGCAAUUCUAAAGCCUUCUGCGUGCGAUGCUUCUAACUGGCUGUCAGGUGAUGUGGCUUUGCAUCUUGAGUCGCAUGGUAAAUUGGAUUUAGCUCUUCAAUAUUUCUCAAAAUUGAUGUGGGAGCAUCCUAGUUGGCCUAAUCUAGGAUCUGAUAGAGCCAGUACAUGCUCUAUGGAUCUUGAAACUCAUCAACACGAGAAAAUACUAGAAAAUUUUCAAUGCAAGUUAUACACUGGACUUGCAUAUCUUAAGCAGAGAUUUGCAUUGGAAUCUUCCUGUCUAAUCAGCAUGAUUUUAGUCUUGUUGUGCAACAACGGGUUAUUAUUUAUUGGAUAUGACAUAUUACGUGGAUAUACUUGUCAAGGACUCUCACAAGAUGAGAGCAAUGUAAAAGAUAGCUUCCUCUUAUAUUAUCUUCAGCAUAAGCCACUUGUGAAAGCUACUGAAGAUUUCUCCUUUUUUAUUUCACGGUUUAUUGCUGCCUCAAGCAUUACUUGCUUCAAUUUGAAACCACUUCAUAUUGAAAAUGGCCUGUGUAGAGAAGUUGGAUCAGCAUGUUUAAAUGCUUGGAAGCAUUACUUUGAAUGUGUUAUAUUGUCAUUGUGGAGUUUAAGAGCUGCUAUGAGGAAUUUUUCUGGCUACUUAACUGAAGAACUCAUUAUGGAACCCCUUGUUCUUCUUGAUUUAUACGAGUAUUAUGUGCAUUUUGCCUCUGCUUGGCGUCAGAGAAAUUCAAAAAGUAUUCUUCUGCUCGUGCAACCUCUCUUGAUUACCUAUACCAAUGGGCAUACUCCCUACGAAGUUAAUAUGGUGAAUCUGAAGAAAAUUUUCCACCAAACUGCAGAGUUGGUAGCCUGUACAUCAAUUGAUAAUGUGGAAGGGAUGCUUCAGGUUCCUAAAAUUAUUGAUGAUAAAAAAUGCGAUCUUAUGCAUUCAAUUCCAGAAGAUGAAAGAUGGCAUAUCAUGGCGGCUUGCUUGUGGCAACACAUGUCCAGAUUCACUAAACAUAAGCUUAAUUCUAUAUCCGUGAAACUUGAUGACAAUCAUUCUACUGGUGUAAUGGAACACAUCAGGCUGCUCUCCUUGAUAUUGAGCAAAUCAUUGAAGUCCACAUUGUUACAUGUUUCUUCUUAUCAUGUAAAACAGCUUGCAAUAUUCCUGCAGCAGAAAGUAGAGAUUGGACAUGACGUUCCAACUUGUCGAUGGUUAGAUGAGUCUAAACUGUCUCAACCUGGAGUCCUCUAUCCACAUCUACGUGAGGGUGCUGCAAGUAUGUACAUGAUGAAUAACAAGGAUGAAGCUGUAUCUGAAUUACUCUGGGAUGCUUGUGCUGAUGCAAAUAUGAUAUUUGAAGGUUUUGUGCAAGAAAAAAUAAAUUGGCAACAUCAUAUCCAUAGUAAACGUUCUAAAGGAUGGACUCACAUAAAUGAAGGUGUCAUGAUGGAUCACGAAAAUGAGGCAGCUCACAACCAUGGAGGCAAUUCUAGCAGUACUUCUGCUGGUGGUGAAGUUGGACUGCCUGGUAAGGGCCUUUUUCGAAAUGGCCAUGCUUUACUGAGCUCCUGGCAGAAAGAUACAAGCAUUGUAAAUGAGGUUACACCUUUCCAAUCCCCUCAAGAAAUAUACAGGAGAAAUGGGGAGCUUUUUGAGACAAUGUGCAUCAACUCUGUUGAUCAAAGGCAGGUAGUAGUUGCUAGCAAUCGAAAGGGAAUAGUUUUCUUUGAUUGGGAAGAUGGGCUGCCUUUCAGAGGUCAAGCUGAAUAUAUUUGGUCAGAUGCUGAUUGGCCACAUAAUGGUUGGGCUGGUUCAGAAUCAACCCCCAUGGCAACAUUUGUUUCUCCUGGCAUUGGUCUUGGGAGCAAGAAAGGGGCACGCCUUGGGUUAGGUGGUGCUACCUUUGGCUUGGAUUUGUCAGCAAGACCAGCGAGAGAUUUGACUGGUGGUGGAGCAUUUGGGAUUCCAGGUUAUGCUGGUAUUGGAGCAUCUGGCUUAGGUUGGGAGAUUCAAGAUGAUUUUGAGGAGUGUGUUGAUCCACCAGCUACAUUGGAAAAUAUAAGUACAAGGGCUUUCUCAAGUCACCCCUCCAGGCCUUUUUUCUUGGUUGGUUCUAGCAAUACACACAUUUACUUAUGGGAGUUUGGUAAGGAUAAAGCAACUGCUACUUAUGGCGUGCUUCCUGCUGCAAAUGUUCCUCCCCCAUAUGCUCUUGCAUCAAUUUCCGCUUUGCAAUUUGAUCACUUUGGGCACAGAUUUGCUAGUGCUGCACUGGAUGGAACUGUAUGCACAUGGCAGCUCGAGGUGGGAGGAAGGAGCAAUGUCCGUCCGACAGAAUCAUCACUCUGCUUUAAUAGCCAUGCAGUGGAUGUCACUUACAUUACUUCAAGUGGGUCUGUUAUUGCUGCAGCUGGACAUAGCUCUAGUGGUAUUAAUGUGGUUAUAUGGGACACAUUGGCUCCACCUACAAGCUCCAGGGCUUCCAUCAUUUGUCAUGAAGGUGGUGCGCGCUCCAUUUCUGUGUUUGAUAACAACAUUGGAAGUGGAUCUGUUUCUCCCCUUAUUGUGACUGGUGGUAAAGGUGGUGAUGUUGGAAUUCAUGACUUCCGGUACAUAGCAACUGGAAGAGCUAAAAGGCACAGGCACUUGGAUACUGGUGAACUAAGUAUAAACUCUUCUGCAAAUACUGAUACGCGAACAGGCUUUGGGAAUAAUCCUGGAGACCAGAAUGGGAUGCUUUGGUAUAUACCAAAGGCUCACUUAGGGAGUGUCACAAGAAUAUCUACCAUCCCAAAUACCAGUUUGUUCUUAACAGGAAGCAAAGAUGGAGAUGUUAAACUUUGGGAUGCCAAAGCGGCCAAGUUAGUUUAUCAUUGGUCAAAAUUGCAUGAAAGGCACACCUUUUUGCAGCCAAGCUCUCGGGGUUUUGGUGGAGUUGUUCGGGCUGCUGUCACAGACAUAGAAGUUGUUUCUCAUGGGUUUCUUACAUGUGGUGGAGAUGGUUCUGUGAAGCUGGUACAACUCAAAGAUUUUACCAACUUCGGAUGUGAAUAUGUUGAGCAACUUCUAUUUUAAUCUCACAGGGCGAUCUUACAGAACUGUGAAUUGGGGGUAACUUGGAAUUCUGAGAAAUUGGUUCAUAGUGCAAGCUCUGUCCAUUUUCACAUCGGACCCUAUCAUGUAUAUAUUUAUCAUGAGUGUCCUAUACAGAUGACCUCUCUGCCAUUCGUUUUCAAAAAGAUUUCCAUAGGAGCCUGGAAAACACCUAAAUUUUUGGUGUAUUUACUUCAGGAAGGAGAAAGAAGGUAGAAUCAUGUGUCCUACCUCUGACCUAAAGGUUUUUGUCAUAAACAAAGCCAAUAAACACUAUUGGAAAUACAAAUUUUCCCCCUUUUCCACAUUUGUUAUGUCUGGUACCAUAUAAAUGGCAGCAACACAACGCUAGGCAGAGUCUUUUUGAGUAAAGGAAAAACAGUGUGUUGGUACUGAGGCGUUCAUACAGUAUUGAAAUUUGAAACAGUUCUGUCUCGUCAUGCUAAUGCUGUGCACUAUGUCCGGGUUUUGAAGUGCUUAUGCGAAUCAAGAGGAAGCACUACAUUAAGUUCUGAUCCAAGUUUUGUAUAAUUUUUUUUUUUUUUGAACAGAAUUUGUUGUGCGGUCUAAAUUAAUUUAUUUUGUAAAUAGUGGAGUCGGUGUAUUUGUAAUUAGUGGAAAAGCAAUGUCAAAUACCGACAUUUUUUAUUA